GCACAUACUAGCCAUAAAGCCAUGCAGCGCCCCCGCAGGCCGAGCUCGGUACUGCACAGAGCAACUACAACAGAAGGAGGCGGUGACAGCACUGCGCUAACAUCGUCUUCGGCUGAACGAAACAACCCGAGUGUGUGUUAGCGGUCAGUAAAACAGCAGCCGUGCCCCGCCGCGCCCCCACCCCCAGCGGAGCCGUCAUGUGGCAGGAGGCCCGCAAACAUGAGCGCAAGCUCCGUGGCAUGAUGGUAGAUUACAAACGCCGAGGAGAGCGCCGGCGAGAGUACUACGAGAAGAUAAAAAAAGAUCCAGCUCAGUUUCUGCAGGUUCAUGGCCGAGCCUACAAGAUCCAUCUGGAUCCUGCUGUGGCACUGGCUGCAGAGAGCCCCAUCAACAUGAUGCCUUGGCAAGGAGAUGCCAACAACAUGAUUGACAGGUUUGAUGUCAGGGCUCACCUGGAUUACAUCCCCACCUACACACCUCCACUGCUUAACACAUCCACCCCAGAGCAGGAGAUGGAGGAGAGGAAGUGCAAUUAUGAGCGCUACAGAGGCCUUGUGCAGAAUGACUUUGCCAACAUCUCUGAGGAGCAGUGUUUAUAUCAGAUCUACCUGGACGAGCUCUACGGUGGCCUGCAGAAACCAAAUGAGGACGAGAAGAAAAAACUGGCUGAGAAAAAGGCCACCAUUGGUUACACCUAUGAAGACAGCACUGUGACAGAGCCCGACCCCCAGUCAGACAAAGAUGAAGACAAUUCGGAGAACAGUGAAUCCGAAGAGGAUGAGGGCAUCCCAGAUAUUGAUGUGGAGGUUGACGUUGAUGAGCUGAACCAGGAGCAGGUGUUGGACCUAAACAAAAUGGCAACCCCAUAUGGAAUGGCUGAAGGAGACUUUGUUAGGAUGUUGAGGAAAGACAAGGAGGAAGUGGAGGCCAUCAAACAUGCCAAGGCUCUGGAGGCGGAGAAGGCCAUGUACUCUGGCCGGCGUUCUCGCAGACAAAGAAGAGAGUUCAGAGAAAAGAGACUAAAAGGUAGACAGAUCAGCCCACCAAGCUAUGCCAGGAGAGACAGCCCAACGUACGAUCCCUAUAAACGGCCAGAGUCGGAGUCGAGCUCUGAGUCUCGGUCACGCUCUCGUUCUCCUGGUCCAGAGAAGAUCACCUUCAUCACCAGUUUCGGAGGCAGCGAUGAUGAAGCUGCAGCAGCAACACAAACAACCGCUCCUCACUCUGGCAACGCCCCCUCCAACUUGCAGCACCCUGCAGGUCAUAGCAGGGGCUCCCGGAGACGAAGGUCAUCCUCCAGUCGCUCCCCUUCCUCCUCCUCACACUCAUCAUCUCGGUCCUCCUCUCGCUCUUCUUCCCGUUCUCGUCGUGCCCGACGUGGACGCGGAGAAAGGGAUGGGCGCCGAUCCCGGAGCCGAUCGCGGUCGAGACGGCGUUCCAGAUCUCACUCCCGGGGUAGAGGAGGGAACGGACGGGCCGGAUCCUGGAGGAGACGUGACCGGACACGGUCGCAGUCCAACGGCCGAGACAGGGAGCGAGAGAGGGACAGAGACAGGGACCAGGACAGGAGACGAUACUCAGCACGCAAACGAACAAGGUCCCGUUCCAGCUCACGGCAGGGGGGCAGUUUGCGGAGAGGGGGUCGGAGCAGUGGAGGCCACCGGCGGGGAGACAGCGACAGCCACAGUCCCUCUCAGUCCCCCAGUCGCGCUAACCACAGUCCCUCCCCUGCUCACAGAGGAGUCCAGCCCUCUACUGCCACCGUCUCUGACAAGCUAAGAAAGCCUGAUACUCCGGGUGGUAAAGAGACGGGAGCUGCCAAACCCAAGAUGACCCCACAGGAGCGGCUGAAGCUCCGAAUGCAGAAGGCGCUCAACAAACAGUCCAAGGCAGAUAAAAAAGCCGCUCAGGUGAAGAUCCAGCAGCAGGAAAACAAACGACAGGAGCGAGAGGGAGAGCUACGAGCCAUGGCACGCAAGAUACGCAUGAAGGAGCGUGAGAGACGUGAGAAAGAGAGGGAUGAAUGGGAAAGACAGUACGGCCGACAGAGCCACUCGCCUUCUCCUUCCAAAUAUGGCCGAGAACACAACUCAUACAGAAGGUAUGCGAGAAGCCACAAGAAUCUGCACAGCUCCGAUGAAGCAGAAUGAAUAGUGGGAUUUGUUCACACUAACGCACAAACACUGUCUCAAAGUCUCAUCACAAUUGUUUUAUAUGCAAUACUUUAACAGUGUCUUGAGAGAGAAAAACAAAAACAAGUUUAUACCUAAAGUCAAACAGAAUACCUCAAACUUUUCACUGCGAUUCAUUUUUCCUCAGGACAAAAACUACCAGUUUGAACUUCAAUACUUUCAUAAGUAUAUUUUUAUAAAGCAAGUUUAGAAAUGUUUUUAGAGCCUGACUGGAUCAAUGCCGAUAUUUGAGAGUUUAAAAAAUCCGAUAACGAUAUAUCUGCUGAUUUGUUUUUUUUUAACAUAAACUUAUAAGAAGAAGAAGAAGAAAAAGAAGAAGAAACUUUAUUCAUACAGAACUUUUCAAAACAAAGUUACAAAGUGCUUUACAUGAUUGAACCAGGAAUAAAACAUUACAGGACUGCAGUGAGACGACAAAUAAAAUCAGACAAUUAAAAUAAUACAAAAAUAAAAUGGAAUAAAAUACAAAUAAACAAACAAGCUGUGCACUAUAGCGAUGAGCAAAGCUUUUCUUUUCAGUGUACUGAAUCAUUAGAGUCAGUUCAUUAAAAAGAUUUGUUCACUAAAUCGUUCAGGGCUCGACUGCGUAGUCCCACUUGCUGAACUGAAACACUGCCGAACGUUCAGUUCAGCUCGCUAACUGGUGAACUGAGAACGGCCGUUCACGCACGACAAGCCAGUGAGCUGAGAAUUUAGUUGGAUAAAGAUACCAUUUGCAAACUGAAAGCUGCUAUAACAAAGCACCCUACCCUAUUAUGUACAGCACGUGUAUUUUCGCGACACCUAAUUAUUAAAGAAUAUCUGGUACUACUUCCUACUUCGAGACACGAGAGGGGCGGGCUUGAGCAGCUCAGCGACUGUCGAUCACUCAGUUCUCACGUUCGCUGUACAUUCAGUGAACGAACAUACACCAUCCACUCGCAGGAAAAGGAUCUGAAACAGUCUCAGCCACCCAUUUUUUUUAAUAUUGCAGGUUUCACCAGCAUUGUAAACUACGACAGGUGGUGAGAUUUUUUUUUUUUUUAAAAUCAGGGAUUGUCAAACAUAACCUAGCUCUUUUUUCAAUGUAUUCAAAAUCUAAUGAGUACAGAUGCAGCAGUUUUGUUUAUGCACUCUAUGAUACUAUCCCA